AUUUCUCAAGAAUCUGAUAACGAAAACAUCCGAUCAAUUGCGCCAACUAAGCGGAUAUAAAAACCUAUUCACAAGUUCAAUUUAUCUUAAUGCUUUCUAUUUCUUAUUCUCCUUCCUCCUUUACCAAAUCCAAUACUCCACGACCACUAUGAAGCUUUUCAUCACAAUUGUAUCCUUGGCUAUCGCUACCGUAGGAGUGUCUGCUGUUGGUCCUGUGGACCCCGCUAAACUACCCAUUGCAUGGUGCAACAUUUACAAAGAAGAUGCCUGCCUUGGUGGUGCCGUGCCGGCUGCAUGUGGUGCUAAUAGCACCUACUCAAGCUCUUGCAAGUCUACAUUUUCGAACGACUUUGUCUGUACUUCGUUCCAGGUUUCUUGCCUCUGCACACCGAAGGAGGGCGGUGAGCAAAAAGAUGUCAGCAUGGACGCAUUCAACAGGACUUUUGAGGGCUCAAGCUACAAUAUGUGUGGAAAUCUCAUCCCCCUAACCAACUCUACUGGACCUGGGAUCGUUUCGGGUGAUUACAAGCCUGAUGGAAAGCGACCAAAAGAUACCAGCACUACCUCGGGAUCUCCACCAGCGUCAACCAACGAUGUUAAAAGUGGAGCUUCUGCUAUCCAAAUGUCCCUUUCAACAGGCACUCUUGCACUUCUCUCUUUGGGAUUGGCUAUGGUCCCUCUGUAAAUUGAUACAACUAUACAAUUAAUAAACAUGAACUCGAGCGUACGAGAUUAAUACUAAAAUACCUCAUUCCACUUUAAUUCAUAAGAGUCAUUAUACAUGUAAAGGGGCCUAUCGCGUUAUUGAUCGGUAAUAUGAAAACUUGUUCGUGAAAAACUUUUUACAAGUAGCUUGAAAAGCGCAACUAACAAUGAACACAGUAAGAGGACCCUCUCGUUUCAUGUGAUCCUAGUAAUGUAACUGCUCGGUAAUCUCACUAAUAAUAUUCAUACCACAUAAAAAGCGAUCUGAACUCUUAGGAGCACUUAAUCCGUGAACCAUUCAUUCCAUCGAACUAGUUAUGUCUACAUCCGACUUUUUUCUUGUGGUUAUGACAAAUAUUGCUUUUAACAG